AGCGAGCCAAACGCCACCUAACAGAUUCAUCAUCUUCUCUAUCGCUCUCAAAAACCUGUACGGACUCUCUAAUAAGAAAUGGGGGUAUAUCUCAGCACCCCAAAAACUGAAAAGUUAUCAGACGAUGGUGAAAAUUACAGGCUUCGUUAUGGAUUGUCAUGCGUGCAAGGAUGGCGUGCAACCAUGGAAGAUGCUCAUGCAGCUUUUCCGGAUCUGGACAAUUUGACAGCAUUUUUUGGUGUUUAUGAUGGCCAUGGAGGUAAGGGUCAAGUUCUUCUUCUUCUUCUUAUUUUUAUUACAUCACUCUUUCUUUGUUCCUUAGACGUUAUGAAAAUGGGAAAGGGUUUGGAGUUGGUUAAGCACAGUACUUCAUGGAUAGGCCAUGCCUUAAUUGGAAAAAAGGCACCAGUUGUGUCUGUUCUGACAUUGCUAGCAUUAAUGUUCUUAAGAUGCUUCUUUCUGUUGCAUGUUGUAUUUCAUAUAAGUCACGUUUUUCAGGCUUAUAAUUUGUCUAAAGAUCACAAGCCAGACCUUGAGCUGGAGAGGGAUAGAAUUCUGAAAGCCGGUGGUUUUAUUCAAGUGGGACGUGCCAAUGGAAGUUUAAACUUAGCCAGGGCCAUUGGAGAUGCAGAGUUCAAACUGAACAAAACUUUACCUGUUGAAAAACAAAUUGUAACAGCUAAUCCGGACAUAAACAUUGUCGAGCUCUGUGAUGAUGAUGAGUUUCUUGUUCUAGCUUGCGAUGGGAUUUGGGACUGUGUGUCAAGUCAACAACUCGUGGAUUAUGUACGAGAGCAGUUGAACUCUGAAACAAAGCUGUCAGCAAUCUGUGAGAGAGUAUUCGACAGGUGUUUGGCUCCAACAGCCGGUGGCGAGGGAUGCGACAACAUGACGAUGAUCCUUGUUCAAUUCAAAAAACCUGUUGGUUCAGGUACCUCUUUGAGCAGCAGCCCCAUUGACGGAACCAGAUAAAAAAAGUAAAUUGGAUUUUGGAAUUUAAGACGCAUUAGCCCCUCCUCUCAUUCACCAAAUUACAAUCCAUUUUCUUCAAAGCUGUAAGCAAUGCAUAAUGGAUACUCUAUUUUCAUUUUUUUGAA